CUUUUCCUUUUUCCUUUUCCCAUCUCUCUCUCUCUCUCUCUCUCUCUCUCUCUCUCUAGAGCAGUGGAAAGGACCGCUCCAAUGGCGACGGCACCGAUCACCGAACUGGACGAAGAAACAGUUCGUAGCAUGUCAGUCGGAGCUGUCUUCACCGACUUUGGUGGGAAGAUUACUGCGCUCGAUUUCCACCGAAAGGAUGACCUUUUGGUGACAGCCAGUGAGGACGAUUCAGUUCGAUUAUAUGAUAUUGCGAAUGCGAAGUUGCUGAAGACCACCUAUCACAAGAAACAUGGUGCUGAUCGUGUUUGCUUUACCCACCACCCAAGCUCUGUAAUAUGUUCUUCAAGAUACAAUAUGGAUGGCGGAGAAUCGAUGCGAUACCUAUCCAUGUAUGAUAAUCGCUGCCUUCGUUACUUCAAGGGCCACAAGGACAGAGUUGUGUCUCUCUGCAUGUCUCCGAUUAAUGACAGCUUCAUGUCUGGUUCUCUUGACCAUAGUGUCAGAGUUUGGGAUCUUCGUGUUAAUGCUUGUCAGGGAAUUUUGCGCCUUCGUGGUAGGCCAACUGUUGCAUACGACCAACAAGGACUUGUCUUUGCUGUAGCAAUGGAAGGUGGUGCCAUCAAACUCUUUGAUUCUCGCUCCUACGACAAGGGCCCUUUCGAUACCUUUCUGGUUGGCGGGGAUACAGCUGAGGUGUGUGACAUCAAGUUCAGCAAUGAUGGGAAGUCGAUGCUUUUGUCAACAACUAAUAACAAUAUCUAUGUACUAGAUGCAUAUGCGGGAGAGAAGCGCUGUGGGUUCAAUUUAGAGCCUUCUCCUGGCACACCAAUAGAAGCAACUUUUACUCCAGAUGGCCAAUAUCUCGUGUCAGGCUCGGGGGAUGGAACCUUGCAUGCGUGGAACAUUAACAUGGGAACUGAGGUUGCGUCUUGGAAUAGCUACAUCGGGGUUGCCUCAUGCUUGAAGUGGGCCCCACGACGAGUGAUGUUCGUAGCAGCAUCCACUGCCCUCACAUUCUGGAUACCCGACGUGGACUCUCAGGGUCCAUCAAAGAAUGAAGCUGCUCCUCAAUCGGAACACCCCAUAAAGCAGUAAAACCCGAACCAAUUCCGAGCUAAGAGACAUGGAUUCUUAUCUUUCUCCAUGCAAAAUCUUGUCUGAGCUUGAAAGUUGCGCAGUUGUAGUUUUUGCUGCUCUGGAUUAUUAUCCUGUCUAAAGGUUAUAGUAACACACUGCAAAGGAUUUUUCGAGCUCACUCCCAUCGGGGUCAAGUAAACUGAAUUUUUGUGACUCUUAAGAAAAAUAUGUACAGAGAGCAUUCUACCCACUCUCGCCGAUCAUACUCAAUGUUCUGUAACCUACUUUGAUAGUUGAUAGUAAACCUCUCUCGAACUUGCAUGGAAA